UUUUUGGAUGCUGUUGUGUUGUGUUGUGUUGUGGAUUAAAAAGAACAUCAAGGGGCAUUCCCUCCCAUGGGAUUUACCCUCCAGGACCACCAAUUGUAUAACUUCUCCUCAAAAAGAGAACUAAGGGAUUUGGUCUAACUUCUCUCUACGAUGUAGAUCUGGGUCCACACUCCCCAUAGCAUGGGGGAGGGAGAGAGAGAGAGAGAGAGAGAGAGAGAGAGAAUCACCCGCCCAAGCCCAACUCACUGGGUACAGCUCGAGAGUAAAAAAUUCCAAAUUUGGAAGUCCUAGUGGUGGUGGUUAUGGCUGUAAAUGAAUCGAGUUGUUCAUGAAUAAGUUUGGUUUGAUUUGUUAAGGGCUCAACUCAGCUCGAUUCGUUUCCAAACUCGAGCUCGAAUUCGUUUGGUAAAGUAGCCGAGCGUGAUAAGUAAACGAGCCAAGCGUAAGCUCAACAAAGCUCCGUUUGGCUCAAUUUGUUUGCAGCGCUCGUGUGUGGUGAACCAACCCACUCUUCCUCUUCUUUCUAUACCACUCACUGUCUUUGUCCCCCCAAAAGCACCAUUUUUUAUUAGAAUCUACACCCGGAGACAGUGAGAUUGACUGCCACAGAGAUGUCCAAAGAUGUGGAAAAUCCCAAAUAUGGUGUGGCCCAGAAAGAUUCAGAGGAGGGUACAGAUGCCCCUUCCCAUUCCAAUGAAACUCAAGUCACUUGGUACAGUUGCUUACUCCAGCAAGCAUCGGUCUACGGCAUAGCUGCCGGAUACUGCCUUUCAGCGUCCUUACUCUCCAUCAUUAACAAAUGGGCUGUGAUGAAAUUUCCCUAUCCCGGGGCACUUACUGCUUUACAAUACUUCACAAGUGCCUCUGGUGUCCUCCUUUGUGGGAUGCUCAAGCUCAUAGAACAUGAUUCUUUAGACCUUCUCACAAUGUGGCGGUUCUUACCAGCAGCAGUUAUAUUCUACCUCUCUCUCUUCACCAACAGUGAACUCCUCUUGCAUGCCAAUGUCGACACCUUUAUUGUCUUCCGUUCAGCGGUCCCUAUCUUUGUUGCAAUAGGAGAGACACUCUACUUGCACCAACCAUGGCCGGCGAUCAGAACAUGGAUCUCGCUUGCUACCAUCUUUGGCGGUAGUGUGCUUUAUGUCACAACAGAUUAUCAGUUCACACUCAUGGCUUAUAGUUGGGCCUUGGCUUACCUGGUGAGCAUGUCCAUAGAUUUUGUUUACAUUAAGCAUGUGGUUAUGACAAUUGGGUUAAACACAUGGGGUCUUGUACUGUACAAUAAUCUUGAGGCUCUGCUGCUGUUUCCACUAGAGCUACUUAUCAUGGGAGAGUUGAAGAAGAUAAAGCACGAAAUUUCUGAUGAAUCCGAUUGGUACUCUUUUGAGGUGGUUUUGCCAGUUGGGUUGUCGUGUUUGUUUGGUUUAGCAAUUUCUUUCUUUGGGUUUUCAUGUCGGAGGGCGAUUUCUGCAACGGGUUUUACUGUUCUUGGCAUAGUGAACAAGCUUUUGACAGUUGUGAUCAACCUGGUUGUUUGGGACAAGCAUUCAUCAUUUGUGGGUACAAUUGGGCUUUUAAUUUGUAUGAUGGGUGGGGUUAUGUACCAACAGUCUACAAGCAACAAGUCUAAGGCCGUGAAAGAAGUAAGAUUGCAAGAGAGUGAACAAGAACAACAUAAGCUACUCGAAAUGGAGAGCAUUGAGGAAACUAAUGAUGAUGUCAAGCAAGUUACUAACUCGGGACAGGGUAAAUAAGAGGUACAUUUGUUGUAUUUUUUGAACCAUGUUUAGGCGGAUUUCUUUUUUUUUUUUUGUCUUUUCAUAAAAGCAUUUUUUAGAGCUUAAAAGAGUGUCACCGGUAAUACCUUCUUCACUGAGUUUGGAUGUAAACCAAGUGCCUCAGCUACUACUAGUAGGGGAUUAAAUUUGUUCCAUUCUUACUGAUUUGUAUAUUAUUUUUGAUCUUACACAUUUUAUGUAUUAGGCAUUUGUUAAAA